AUGCAUCUCUCACUGUGGAAGCCCAUUUCUCAUUGUGCUUCUCUGAUCUUGGACAAGAAGAGCAGGAAGAAGAAAGGUGAAUCCAUGGCUGAUAUAAAAAGAAACCCGUCAAUGCUCCGGAAGCUACAAGAAAACAAGCUGAGGGAAGCUCUUGAAGAAGCUUCAGAAGAUGGAUUACUUGCCAAAUCACAAGAUAUGGAACCUGACACUGUGGGGAACCAGGAUGAGAGCCUUGGGAGAUCUAGAUCGUUGGCCAGGUUGAAUGCUCAGCGCGAGUUCCUUCGUGCUACUGCCCUUGCAGCUGAACGCACGUUUGAUUCUGAGGAAGAAAUUCUCAGCCUUCAAGAAGCAUUUUCGAUGUUUCUCACUAUGUAUCCCAAGUAUAUGUCCUCGGAGAAAGUUGAUCAAUUGAGGUCCGAGGAAUAUUCUCAUCUGCCGCCCAAGGUAUGCCUUGAUUAUUGUGGGUUCGGUCUCUUCUCUUUUAUUCAGACUAUUCACUAUUGGGAAUCUUGUACAUUUAGCUUGUCUGAGAUAACUGCAAAUUUGAGUAAUCAUGCACUGUAUGGCGGUGCUGAGAAAGGAACUGUUGAGCAUGAUAUAAAGGCCAGAAUUAUGGACUAUCUAAAUAUCCCCGAGAGUGAAUAUGGCCUUGUUUUUACUGUUAGCAGAGGGUCAGCUUUCAAAUUGUUGGCUGAAUCAUACCCUUUCCAAACGAACAAAAAACUGUUGACCAUGUUCGACCAUGACAGCCAGUCCGUUAACUGGAUGGCUCAGUGUGCUAGGAGUAAAGGCGCCAAAGUGCACAGUGCAUGGUUUAAAUGGCCAACUCUCAAACUCUGCUCCACUGAUUUAAGAAAACAAAUUUCCAAUAAGAAAAAGAGGAAGAAGGAUUCAGCUACUGGUCUUUUUGUAUUCCCAGUUCAGUCUAGAGUAACCGGAGCUAAGUACUCGUACCAGUGGAUGGCCUUGGCACAGCAGAACAACUGGCAUGUCUUGCUUGAUGCUGGGUCAUUGGGCCCCAAGGACAUGGAUUCACUUGGCUUGUCCCUUUUCAGGCCAGAUUUCAUAAUUACAUCGUUUUACAGGGUAUUUGGGUAUGAUCCCACAGGUUUUGGUUGUCUUCUGAUAAAAAAAUCUGUGAUGGCAAGCCUUCAAAAUCAGUCUGGGAGUACCGGGUCCGGAAUGGUGAAGAUUACCCCCGAGUUUCCAGUGUAUUUGAGUGAUUCUGUAGAUGGUUUAGAUAGAUUGGCUGGGACUGAAGACAAUGAGGUCAAUCGGGCUUGUGAUACGACUUUUGAACCUCGCCAAGGAUCACAGUUGCCUGCCUUCUCUGGCGCAUACACGUCUGCACAAGUCAGAGAUGUAUUUGAGACUGAAAUGGAUCACGACAGUUCUGAAAGAGAUGGAACCAGCACUAUAUUUGAAGAGACGGAGAGUAUAUCUGUGGGAGAAGUGAUAAAGAGCCCUGUCUUCAGUGAGGAUGAGUCUUCUGACAACUCAUUUUGGAUUGAUUUGGGUCAAAGUCCAAUUGGGUCAGACAAUGCAGGUCAAUCGAAUAAACAGAAGAUAGCUUCUCCCCUACCAUCUUUCUGGUUUAACGGGAGGAAGAACCAAAAACAACAUUCUCCAAAACCAACUUCCAAGAUGUAUGGCAGUCCUAUGUAUGAUGACAGAGAGGUUCAUCUAGCUUCUCAUGAUGAUCACCGGGUUCUAUCAUUUGAUGCUGCUGUCCUAAUGUCACAAGAACUAGAUCGUGUCAAAGAGGUCCCUGAAGAAGAGUAUGUUGAAGAAGUUCAUCAUUAUUCAAUAAAUGGAAAUGGGUCAGACCGUCCACAUGCCAGUGAGAUAAUUGAAGAACCUGGAACCAGUGAAGCAGUUCAGAAUGGAACUCAUGCUAUGGGAGAAUCUUGGCUCAAUAAUUCAACUUCUCUUUCUCGGCAUCAAAGCUUGGAGAAUGGCUCUGCCUCUGAAAUAUGCUCUGAGAUAAAAGAGAGUGCUAUAAGACGGGAAACUGAAGGGGAGUUUAGGUUGUUGGGUCGGAGAGAAGGGAAUCGAUUUGAUGGUGGUAGGCUAAUUGGUUUGGAAGAUGACGAACACAAUGGCAGAGGAAGAAGGGUGUCAUUUAGCAUGGAAGAUAAUCGUAAAGAGCAUGUAAGAGAGAGCUUGGAGAUAGGGGACAUAUCUGCAACUAGUUUAGAUGAUGAAGAGGUCAGUAGUGACGGAGAAUAUGGUGAUGGGCAAGAUUGGGGCAGAAGGGACACCGAGAUUGUAUGUCGAAAUAUUGAUCAUGUCGAUAUGCUUGGUCUCAAUAAAACUACGCUUAGACUUCGGUUUUUGAUUAACUGGCUCGUCACUUCACUACUGCAACUGAAGUUACCCGUUUCUAAUGGGGAUGAAAAAGUAAACCUUGUUCAUAUCUAUGGCCCAAAAAUAAAAUAUGAAAGAGGUGCAGCUGUUGCUUUCAACCUCAGGGACAGAAGUAGGGGGCUAAUCAAUCCUGAGAUUGUUCAAAAGCUGGCUGAAAAAGAAGGAAUAUCUCUCGGUAUUGGUAUUCUCAGCCAUAUAAAGAUUCUUGAUAACUCAAGACACCAGCGUGUAGCUCUGAAUCUUGAUGACACAGCGCUUUGCAAGCCCAUGGAGAGUGGCCGGCGUGAUGGAAAAGGCAGUUAUGUAAGGCUUGAAGUUGUCACGGCUUCAUUGGGAUUUCUGACUAAUUUUGAGGAUGUAUAUAAAUUAUGGGCUUUUGUGGCAAAGUUUCUUAACCCGACUUUUAUCAUAGAAGGGGGUCUUCCUACUGUUCAAGAAGACUCCGAGACAUGA